AUGCUCUGCUGCGACAGUACAGAGGUCUACGACUACAUCGUUGUUGGCUCCGGUCCUGGUGGAGGCCCUCUUGCUUCAAGACUUGCCAUCGCUGGGUUCAAAGUCCUCCUAAUCGACGCCGGAAAUGAUCAAGGCACCAGCUACCAAGAGGAAGUACCUACGUUAUGGCCACUAUCAACACAAUAUGCUCCAAUGCAAUGGAACUACUUCAUCAAUCACUUCCCAACCAUAGAUCGACAAGAGCAAGACAGCAAAUUCACAUGGCAAACACCUUCUGGUGACUACUUCUCUGGUCCCGAUCCGCCUGUGGGGUCAAAACCUUUGGGAGUUCUGUAUCCAAGGGCUGGAACGCUUGGGGGCUGUGCUACACACAACGCAAUGGUGUCCCUCUAUGCCCAUGAUAGUGAUUGGGAUUACAUAGCCAACCUCACAGGCGAUUCAUCUUGGGCGCCAGACAACAUGCGGAUAUACUUCGAGAAGCUUGAGAGGAACGAGUACUUACCUCAUCAUGCUUCUGGACACGGACGGAAUGGAUGGUUAGGUACCAGUGUCUUGGAUGAAUCCAUCCUAGUCAAGGACUCGAAGAUAAUGUGCCACGCUGCCGCUGCUGCUCGAGUCAUCAACAACCACACCGUCGGUGCUACGCCAAGCACUGUCAAAGAGCUGCAGAAGAUCAUGCUGCCUGAUUCGAACAAACCUGGGCAGACCGACAAGCAAGGAUUUUAUGAACUACCUCUAGCCGUCUCGGAUGGCAAGCGAAGUAGUCCACGAGAUUUCGUUCUGAGUACUGCAAAUGCUGUCAACGCCGAUGGAUCUCGAAAAUAUCAUCUGGAUGUUCGUCUCAACACUUUUGUGACGAAAAUCAAUUUCGAUCAGGGCAUAAGUCCUCCUCGCGCUACUGGAGUCGAGUAUCUCGAUGGUGUUGGUCUUUACUCAACAACGCCCAAAUCAGUCGCCGGAACAUCGACCGGAUCUGGUUGUUUUGAAGCAAGUCGCGAAGUCAUCAUAUCUGCGGGAAGUUUUAACACACCGCAAUUGCUCAAGCUCAGUGGUGUCGGUUCAAGAGCUGAACUAGAGUCCUUCGGUAUUCCAGUUGUUGCCGAUCUUCCUGGAGUUGGAUCAAAUCUUCAAGAUCGAUACGAAACGACUGUUGUUACCAAGACCGAUUCCACUUUCGAAAUAUUGGAUGGAUGCUCCUUACUCACCGAGGACCCCGAUCUUUGUCUUGAGAAGUGGGAGAACGGUACUACACCAGCACAAAAGGGAUUCUACGCUGGAAACGCCUUUCCACUAGCAGUAAUAAAGAAGUCAUCCGUUGCAGUUCUGGACCCUGAUGUGUUUCUGUUCGGAGGUCCAGUCUUCUUCCGAGGUUUCUAUCCUGGCUGGGCCAAUGUUACCGAACUUCUCCCAUCCACCGCGAAAGGAUGGUGGACCUGGUUCAUUCUCAAAGCUCAUGGCCGAAAUCAUGCUGGGACAGUGACUCUCCGAUCAACCAAUCCCUUGGACACACCUAUCAUCAACUUCAACUCAUUCGAUACUGGAACCACAACAGAUGGCGCUGAUGAGAAAGAUCUGCAAGCUUUCUACGAGGGAGUGCAAUUUGCUCGGCAAGUCAACAACGAGCUCAACUGUGACGGCUGUGCUUUUGAAGAAGUUUUUCCUGGCCCAAACUUUACGACUGAGGCCGAUGCGAAGAAUUUCAUCAAACAUGAAGCUUUUGGCCAUCAUGCUAGCUGCACAGCUGCAAUCGGGAGUGACGACGACCCGAAUGCGGUUCUGGAUUCGAGCUUCAGAGUUAGGAAUGUGACUGGAUUGAGGGUUGUGGAUGCAAGCUCUUUUCCGUUGACUCCUGGGAUGUUCAUCGCUGUGCCGAUAUAUAUGAUCAGUGAGAAGGCGGCUGAUGUGAUCAUUAAGGAUGCGUCUCAAUGA